UUCCCUCUCUCGUGCCCUAACCCUGUAACCCCCUUUCAUUUCAUACACCAUCAGCCCUACUUCUAUCUUCUUCAUCUUCAUCUUCAUCUUCAUCUUCAUCUUCAUCUUCAUCUUCAUCCCCAAUUCACUCUUUCAGGGGUUUCUGAUUUUUUGAUUAUUAUAGGGAAUAUAAUAUAUUUAAUGCUUCCAGGGCACAUGGUUGUUGACGGUGUUUAUAUUAUAUCACCAGAAUACCAAGCUUUCAAAUUGCAAGGAGGCAAGGGAUCUGGAGGUGUUCUCACUCUUUAAAUACGGUAUGAUCAGAGAUGGCCUCCAGGAUGAGCAAUGAUUUCUCUGAUACCCUCCUGUGUUUUCGAAUUGCUUUGCUAGAAAUUGGUUGAUGUACACUUGAAAGGCCAGAACAGCAUUUCUACGUAUUGUAACCCAUCUAUCAACAUGGGCACUUUUCAUGGCACUGGGGAAAUUGUUGAGUUGGAAGAAGGUUCAGAUUUUGAAUCUAGUAAGCGUGGGAAAAAGUUCUAUGUAGAGGAUGACAUUAACCGGCUUUUUGAAUCAAUUAGAAUUUCUACCAAGAAUAAGGGGUUCCCACAAGUUCUUAGAGAUGAACAGAAGAAAUCCAUGAAAAGACCAAUGAGGGUUGCUUUGUAUCAAGCGUCAGGAAUUGGAAUUUCAGAGCCUGUUAGUUUGAAGCAGGCACUGAGAGGAUUGAGCAUCUCCCAAGCAUCAGAAAUGGCAGCAAUGAAGAGGUUGUCAAAGCCAACAGGGUUUUCAGGUGGCUCGGAAGCCGGACCUGUCAAAAGGUCACAGAUAGCAGCUGGAGAGGAGGUUAAUUAUAACAUAGGUCAUCGAGAUAUGGUGGAAGUAUCCCUUGUUCCAGAAAUAUCAGCAUCGAAUUUUCCUGCAAAGAUACCCAUAUCUUUACACAAGCGGGAUAAUCCCACUACCAGUUCCAUUGCUCCCUCUGAAGUUGGUAGUAGAACUUCAGUGACGGAAUUGGGGCAGACUCGAAACCUUAAGCUGAAACUUUCUGCUUUAUCCACUCGUUCUAGAAAGAAACUCCCUGUGGUAGACGAAAUUAUACCUGCCUCAGUUGAAUCAGGUGAAUCAGUCGGACAAGAAAACAAUCAGAAAUCCAAGUUAGAUUCUUCAUCUUUUCUCCCCAGCUCUAGGUCUGCAGCCAAGUUGAUGCAGCCUAUUUUGAGGAACAAGAAUCUUGUUAGUAAGAAAAACAAACUAGCUUCAGUUUCUGGCACCAGCAAUUCUCAUUAUCAAUUUAAUAAAGGUGCUGGUACCAAGGAUACGGAUUUGAAGAAAACAUCUCCCACAUCAGGCAGUACAAGUGUUGGUAUUGAAGAUGGUUCGAGUUCUAUGGAUUCAAGUGCUAGCAAACCAGCUUUAAUUACGAAAGUUAAGAGAAGACCUAAUACAGUUUUUAAUAAAGCUGAUGACAAAUUAAGACCAAGAGAAAAGGGGGAGUUAUCUCAGAGCUCAAAGAGCAGCCUUGGUGAAUGCAGCAGUAGCACAAGCUUCAGUUGUGACAGCAAUCUAAGUGGUGUUAACAGAAGUGGGUGUCGGCCUCACAUGUCAAAAGAUUUGAGAUGGGAAGCUGUUUAUUCCGCUCAGAAGCAGCAUGGUAGCUUGCAUAUAAGACACUUCAAGUUGAUCAAAAAGCUUGGAGGUGGAGACAUUGGAGCUGUUUACCUUGCUGAGCUUAUCGGCUCAAAUUGCUUCUUUGCUUUGAAAAUUAUUGAUAAUGAGUUAUUGGCUCUUAGGAAAAAGGCCACAAGGGCUCAAACAGAAAGGGAGAUAUUGCAAUUGCUUGAUCACCCGUUUCUCCCUACAUUAUUCUUCCAGUUUACAACUGAUAAAUACUCGUGUUUGGUCAUCGAAUAUUGUCCUGGUGGGGAUUUGCACGUGCUACGCCAAAAGCAGCCCAACAAGUGCUUCUCCGAAGAAGCAACCAGGUUCUAUGUUGCUGAAAUCCUCCUUGCUUUGGAGUACUUGCACAUGCUUGGUAUUGUGUAUCGCGACUUAAAACCAGAAAACAUCCUGGUAAGAGAAGAUGGUCACAUCAUGCUGACGGAUUUCGAUUUGUCCCUGAGAUGUGAUCCUAAUCCAACACUGCUAAAACCAUCACCAUCAUCAGCUGUUGUCGAGAACACAGAGUCCAGCUGCAUAGAUCCUUUCUGUCUUCAACCAUCUUGGCAAGUCCCAUGUUUCACUCCAAGACUUCCAUCCGUGGCACCAAAGCUAAAAUCUGAUAUAGUUAUCCAGGUGCCACAACUAGUAGUGGAGCCCAUCAAUGCUCGAUCCAAUUCCUUUGUUGGGACCCAUGAGUACCUGGCUCCGGAGAUCAUAAAAGGCGAAGGACAUGGGAGUGCGGUGGAUUGGUGGACAUAUGGGAUCUUAAUGUAUGAGCUUUUAUACGGUAGGACGCCUUUUAAAGGCAUGGGAGAUGAUGACACAUUGGCAAAUGUGGUAUCUGAAGGUCUCAAGUUUCCUGAUAACCCGAUUGUGAGUUCUAGCGCUAGAGAUUUAGUUAGAAGUUUACUGCGGAAGCACCCGGAGAAUAGGUUAGGGUCGUUGAAAGGGGCUGCAGAGAUCAAGCAGCAUCCGUUCUUCGAGGGACUGAACUGGGCUCUGAUACGGUGUGCGACCCCACCGGAGAUUCCUAAAAUAUAUGAUUUUAGAAGUAUGGCUCCAGAGAAUUUGGUGUUUGACAUGUUUUAGAAAAGGUUUUUCCAGAGUUGAGGAAUUUGAUCUUUGUUGUAAAUAUGUAUUAAAAGUGUACACGAUGUAAUACAAGAAAGUUGAGCAAGCA